GUUGAGGGGAAAAAUCGACCCAUUUCUCCAUAUUUGCGACCCGUAAAAACGACCCUACUACUCCAAUCGGCUAAAUAAAUCGACCCGUCUUCUCGGUGCUCACUGCUCAGCAACAAAAUGAGUAGAAGGCAUUCGGUAAAUCGGCCGCCGACGCCGGACCGGGAUGGUGCAGAACGAGUAAAGGAGCCUACGCUUAUCGACAUCGUCAACAUCAAAUUGACUGAAAGUGGAGAGAAGGAGCGGUUGAUGGAACUGGUGAGGGAGAGGCUGGUGGAGUGUGGCUGGAAAGAUGAAAUGAGAUCUCUUUGCAGGGCAUUUGUAAAGAAUAACGGCAGGGAUAAUGUGACUGUAGAUGAUCUUGUUCGUGCAAUUACCCCAAAAGGCAGAGCUUCGAUACCAGAUUCUGUGAAAGCAGAGCUCCUGCAGAAAAUCCGAACCUUUCUCGUUUCAGUUGCCCAUUGAUAUUCAAGGCGUUACAUGCUAGGUGGGGCCAAGAGAAGUCUGACAAAGAGAGCAUAAAUUUAUUCAUCCCUAUGCAUCUUUCGAUGAUCAUACGUAGUUCUUUCUAGUUACAAUGCCCUUCUAAGCUUAGGAUAUAUUUAUCAUCACUUGAGCUUUAUGUAACUUACUAAUGCAAUUAUCAUGUUUAUCAGGUCAAGUUCGUGUAUGAUAUAUAUUUAUAAGUUAAAUAUCACUUGAGAAUUUAUAUAUAACUUGUGAAUUGUCAAAUUUUCACAUUGGAUUGA